AUAGGGUGGGGACAAAGGCUAACCAGUGAGUAAAGUGUGAAAUAUUUCUAUCUGCAUUUUGUAUCUAAACUCUAAAAUCUCCAACAUGGCUUCCUUCUUCGUUUCUCCAACCAUUUUCUCCAUCCCCACCACAAGAACUCAUCACAUUUCUUCAUCAUCUCCGACGCCACCGCCACCAUCUUCACCACAACCUGAUCAGCCCCAGAAAUCGGCUUCACAGUUAGCCACCGAGUCAUCUGAGGAAUCAGUACCGGGCUCUCUAAAAGCACAGCAACAGAAGCCUGUUAAACCUGUGGCUCCUUCUUCAUCUUCAUCUUCUACUUCCGGGACUAAGGUUGAUUCCACAGAUUGGGUGGCCACCUCUUUAACAAGAAGGUUCGGGCUAGGAGCUGGUCUUGCUUGGGUCUCUUUUCUUGCCGUUGGUGUUGUCUCUGAACAAAUCAAGACUCGCCUUGAGGUUUCUCAACAAGAGGCUAACACGAGGACAGUAGAGAAGGAGGAAGAGGUGGUGCUUCCUAACGGCAUUAGAUACUCCGAGCUUAAGGUUGGGGGAGGAGCAACGGCAAGGACAGGAGAUUUGGUGGUGAUAGACAUAGAAGGGAAAGUGAAAGAAAGUGGACAAGUGUUUGUGGAGACAUUUGGGAAGGAGAAGAAGCCAUUGGCUCUGGUGAUGGGUUCAAGGCCUUACAGCAAGGGACUGUGUGAAGGGAUAGAGACUGUGAUAAAGUCCAUGAAAGCUGGAGGGAAGAGAAGGGUCAUAGUGCCUCCUUCAUUAGGGUUUGGAGAGGACGGUGCUGAUUUAGGGAAUGGAGUUCAGAUCCCUCCUCAAGCAACACUUGAAUAUGUUGUGGAGGUUGAAAGAGUUUCCAUAGCUCCUGCUUGAUUAAGUCACAUUUCAUUUUGGAGGCUGAAAUGUGUAUCAGAGUCAUGCCUGUAGUCUAAUGUUCAUUCUCUUUCUUCAAUAUAAUAUUCUUUUACUUGUUA